AAGAGGAGCACGCUGCUUGGCUUGGCUGCCUCUGCUUUGCUUGUGACCAACCUGUUGUUUAAGUUCUUGUCUUGUGUGAAGGUGUCCUGAAAGGUAACGAUGCCGGGAUCAGAGCUUGUUUUAGUUAUUGGCAGCGGAGGUAGAGAACAUGCUCUUGCCUUGAAGCUGUCACAGUCUCAGAAUGUCUCUAAAGUUUUUGUGGCUCCAGGGAAUGCAGGAACGGCUGGUGUGGACAAAGUAACCAAUGUUGGUCUGGAUUUGAAGGAUUUUGAAAAAAUUUCCAGCUGGAUCAAAGAGAAUGGUGUCACCUUUGUGAUGGUAGGACCAGAAGACCCACUGGCUGCUGGUAUAGUGGAUUUUCUUAGUGAAAGAGGUAUCCAGUGUUUUGGGCCAACAGCUGCCGCUGCCCAGAUUGAGUCCAGUAAAGACUUUGCCAAAAAGUUCAUGAUUCGACAUAGCAUUCCAACAGCAAAAUUUGAAAGUUUCACUGAUGCUGACAAAGCUUGCAAGUUCAUCAAUGAUGCUGAUUUCAAUGCGCUGGUAGUGAAGGCCAGUGGGUUGGCUGCUGGGAAAGGCGUUGUGGUGGCGUCGUCACGACAAGAGGCAAGUGAAGCAGCACGGGAAAUGCUGACUGACAAGAAGUUUGGAGGAGCCGGAGAUGUGGUUGUUGUAGAAGAACUGUUGGAAGGGCCAGAAGUCUCGGUUCUGGCAUUUAGUGAUGGUCACAACGUCAGCCUGAUGCCGCCUGCACAGGAUCACAAAAGGCUUGAGGACAAGGAUGAGGGCCCCAACACUGGUGGUAUGGGUGCAGUGUGUCCUUACCCGGAGCUGUCGGAAAGUGACCAGGAGAAUAUCAAGAAGAAUGUAAUCGAGAGGACAGUGCGAGGUCUUGCUGAAGAGGGUAUCAAAUAUGUUGGUGUAUUGUAUGCCGGGCUGAUGCUCACCAAAGAUGGACCAAAAGUGCUUGAGUUCAACUGCCGAUUUGGUGACCCAGAAACGCAGUCCAUCAUGCAACUCCUGACGUCUGACCUUCUGUGCACCAUGAGAGCCUGUGUGGAGGGGAAGUUGCCUGAAGUAAAGCCGACCUUUGACACCUCGCGCUCUGCUGUUGGAGUGAUGGUGGUCAGUGGAGGGUACCCUGGCUCCUACAAAAAAGGCCUCCAGAUUUCAGGUGUCUCUGAGGUGGAGCAGACGGGCUGCCACGUCAUUCACAGCGGCACCAGUCUUAACUCCAGCGGUCAGCUCGCUACCAGCGGAGGCCGGGUGCUUUCUGUCAUCGCCUUGGAUCCUUCCCUGAGUGCCGCCAAAGAGCUUGCUACUAGUGGUGCCGCGAAGAUUCAGUUUGACGGAGCCUUUCACAGGAAAGAUAUUGGAGCUAAGAUCCUUCAAAGCAAAAAUGUUGAUACAUCCUCAUCACUGAGCCUAAAAGCAGUUGAUGAAGAGGAAGGCUUACAGUACAAAGACGCAGGAGUCGACAUCAUGGCGGGAGAUGACCUAGUUCAGGCCAUCAAACCUUUGGCCAAGAUGACCCGACGACGUGGUUGCGAUGCCGACCUUGGUGGUUUCGGAGGUCUCUUUGACCUUGAGGCUGCGGGACUGUCCAGCUGUACUCUCACCUGCAGCACUUGGGGUGUGGGCAGAAAAAUUAAGUUUGCAGAGAACCGAGGCCACCACUUCAACGUAGGACUCGAACUUGUGGCUCGCUGCGUGAAUGACUUGCUGUCCCGAGGGGCUGAACCUCUCUACUUCCUGGACUACUACGCAGUGGGUCGCCUCAAUGUCCCGGUGGCUGAGGAAGUGGUCAAAGGAAUGGCCGAGGGUUGUGUGCAAGCCGGCUGUGCUCUCAUUGGUGGAGAAACUGCAGAAAUGCCCGGCAUGUACCAGGGAAGCGACUACGACGUGGCAGGGUUUGCUGUUGGAGCUAUCCCACAAUCCCAGUCACCGUGCACGGGAAAGAGUGUCGUAGCGUUGGACCAGGUGGUCCUAGGACUGACCAGUAGUGGACUCCAGUACUGCGACUUUGGGCUGCUGGAAGACGCUCUGAGGGCCAGGAACCUGAACUUGAGGACACUGCAGGGACUUCAUGGAGGUGGAUCUCUAGCUGAGGAAAUUUUAGUUCCUUCAGAAAUCUACACCAAGUCUGUUCUGCCACUGAUGAGAAGUGGGAAGAUCAUCAAGUUUGCCUGUGUGAACCAAGGCCUGAGGUGUAGUGUGGCCAGCGUUCUGGAUGAUGGUCUAUCAGUCAAGCUGGACGCUAAAGCCUGGGGUCUGGCUCCGGUGUUUGGCUGGAUGACGGACAUGGCCGGCCUGGUUGCUUCUGAACUGAUCCAGAACAGUAGUUGUGGCCUGGCUGCUAUCCUAGUGGUCAAGCGUGAUGAUGUCACUGCGGUCAGAGAUGCCCUCAGCGAGAACCUCUCGCAGCCAGUCAAAACAAUUGGCACAAUUGUGGAGAAAGCAGCUGGUGGAGAUGGGCUUGUUAUUGAAAAUCUGGACUCUGCUCUAAAGGCCAGUAAAGAUGCUGCCUAUCUGGCGGCGCCUGAGAAUUAUGAUUCUGGUACUGUGAGUGUCAGUCGCCAACUGCCAAUCAUGCCGGAUGUCAAGUCCACCUUGACAGUAGCAACCAGGACGGGUGCAGUGGUCAGUGAGGGUCAUCUGCCGACAUUUGAUGUGUCCAGUCUGGGGCUGAAUCAACCGGUUCUAGUGUCGGGGACAGAUGGAGUUGGCACAAAGCUCAGGAUUGCCCAGAGCCUCGACCAUCACUCCAGCAUCGGUGUGGACCUGGUGGCCAUGUGCGUGAACGAUGUGCUGGCCAGCGGGGCGGAGCCGCUGUUCUUCACCAGCUACUUCGCCUCGGGGACCGUCCACCCAGACUGGACCCAGGAUGUGCUGCAGGGUGUGGCUGAGGGAUGUCGCCAGGCUGGGUGUGCGUUGUUAGAGCAAAAAGUGUCUUUACUACCUUCCAUAUACCAGGGCAAGAUCUAUGAUCUAGGUGGCUUUGCUGUUGCCGCAGUGGAGAAAUCCAAGAUUUUGCCAUUGACAUCGAGCAUCCGAGCUGGAGAUGCGGUUAUUGGACUGCCCUCUAGUGGUAUCCAUAGCAACGGAUUCAGCCUGGUUCGGCGUGUGGUAGAGAUGAACGGACUCCGUUAUGAUCAGCCGUCACCGUUCACAGCAGGCAUGACUCUGGGCCACGACCUUUUGACCCCAACACGCAUCUACGUGAAGUCUGUGUUGCCAGCAAUGAAGUCUGGGAAGGUGAAAAGUUUUGCUCACAUCACGGGUGGAGGUCUGGUGGAGAACAUUCCCAGAGUGAUGCCCCCUGGUCUAGGGGUUUGUCUCGACGCCAGCAAAUGGAACCUCUCAGCUGUAUUUGGCUGGCUGCAGUACAUGGGCAAGAUCAGCUCUCAUGAGAUGUCAAAAACGUUCAACUGUGGACUUGGAGCUGUUCUUGUUGUCAGCCAAUCAGAUGUUGCGGAAGUGAUGGAGACGUUGUCCUCAACAGGAGAGGAGCCAGUAGUGGUUGGAUCAGUGGUCUCCCUUUCUGAGGAUGAGAAGACCAAAGUUCAAAUCCAAAAUUUGCAGUCCAGUCUACUGUCCAGCUGGACCCGGCCGAGGAAAGUAGAGAGAAAGAAGCGAGUAGGAGUUCUCAUCUCUGGCUCAGGCACCAACUUGCAAGCUUUGAUUGAUCACACUGUGGACAAGGAGAACAAUUCUGCUGCCCAGAUCUCCCUGGUUAUUUCCAACAAGGCUGGGGUUAUGGGCCUGACAAGAGCUGAGAGAGCUGGCAUUCCAACACUGGUGAUCAAUCACAGGAACUACAAGAGCAGGGAAGAGUUUGACGAGGCUUUGCACCAGGCUCUCGUCAGUCAUGGCAUUGAGCUGGUCUGUCUCGCGGGCUUUAUGAGGAUUCUUACAGGGGGAUUUGUGAACAAGUGGACAGGACGCAUGCUGAACAUCCACCCGUCCCUGCUGCCGUCCUUCAAGGGUGCACACGCCCAGAGGAUGGCGCUGGAGGCUCGGGUUCGCAUCUCUGGCUGCAGUGUGCACUUUGUUGCUGAGGAAGUGGACGCUGGGGCUCUCCUGGUGCAGCGCAGCGUGCCCGUGUACCCAGGUGACACGGAGAACACGCUGUCGGAACGCAUCAAGACGGUGGAGCACGGCGCGUUCCCAGCCGCGCUGGAGAUGGUGGCCAGUGAGCAAGUGGUGCUGGGGGAGGACGGCAAGCUUGUGUGGAACUGGUAGUGAAAGAGGAGAACGGGAUGUGUGGGAACCUCGUGCAGCGAUGGAGCUGACAUAGACGGGGAGCCAACUGGGACUUGUGAAAGUAAACAUGCUGCUCUGGAACUACUGAUAGUAGUACUCUAUUGCUCAUUGGUGGAUUCUUUGAGAGAGACAGACUUAUAGACAUGUAUUAUCAUGUCCAAGACUACACGCUAUGACGUAAUUCUGGUUCACCAUGGACUGCGCCCUUUGACUCUCUUUGAAACCAAAUGAAAUUAUGAAGGGCAAGGUCCUUUGAAAGGAAUAAAUAAUAAAUAAAGUUAUCCAGUGACUAGUUGUUUUGGGUGAAAUGAUAGAGAUAAGGGAAGAUAUUCUUUAUUGGGCCUCCAUUGGAAGAAAUUAAAAACAUGUUUUCACCACCUUCUAGGACACAAUUAAAAAAUACAUAGUAUCAUAUCAACACAAUUAUACAAACAUUUGUUAGUAUAUGUAUUACCGUAGGCAUUUUGAUUUCCAACAAUGGCACCAGCUCGGUCCGACAUUGUGUCCUUGGGAAAGGCACUUUACAUUGAUUUCCCAUUUGGCUCGGUCCUUUCCGGUUUCAAGAAAAGACUCGUCUAAAGUUGUAGAAGAUAAAAGAAUUUUGUUCUUCCUUUGGAGAAUAUGGUUUUGCAGAGGUUAUGAGUUUCUGAAAUAAUGAUUGUAAUGAGUGAAGGGUGAUAUUGUAUGAGAACACCCAUAAAAAUAUUAUGAUCUCAAUACUUUUUAUGUCUACUGGAAGUUGUUUAAAAAUGUCAUACUUUUGCCGGAUGUAGAAGCUACUGCAAUUUUGUGAAAAUAUUUUUUCAUUGUUUAGAACUUAAUUUGGGGGUAGGGGGUCUCUUCUUCUCUCCCCCCCCCUGUUUAGGAAGUGUCUUGAAGUGAGGUAUAAUCUCAAAUGGAUAUUUGUCAUUAAGAUGUUGUGGAAGAAAAAAUUCAACAAUCAUGACUUUCAAAUGCUCAAAGGUUCUUUUGAUACAAAAUCUGUUCCCUUUUAUUUUGGAAUUUUUGUGAGUUUUUCUGUGCCAUGCUCUAAAGCAUUUUGAAUUCUACUUUUACCAUCUUUCUGUCAUUUAUGAACUUCCUGUGGAUUUUGAAAUAUAUAUCAAAUUGUACUGAUUUAUGUAGAUGCUGUUCCAGGGCUAUCUUUUUUUUGUCGAUGUGUCUGGAUGUCUUCUUUUCAGGAAAAAUUUGACUUCCGAGAAAAAUAUAUGAAUUUCCUCUUGAUUUAGCUGUUACUGACCACUUGAAUGUCAAUACAACUGUUUUAAAAAGCCUUUUUGGUACAGGAAGCAAUGUGCUUUGAGUAGGAAAGACUUGUGAAAAGAGUGUUUGGAUGAACGAGUUUUUUAAAUGUUUUUUUUUUUGUGGGCAGGAAAAACAAAACUGAACAUCUAAAGUUUCAGUGACCCUACCACCACCACUCCCCCUCCCCUAUUUUUGUGGCUUAGGUGGUAUUAGUAGUCUGUUAGAUCUUUCCCUGCCAGGCCAUUUCCCCUGACUCACCCAGGCUUUUUUUUCCUUUAGGACUAAUCAGAUAUAAAUAUAA